AUGAAAAUUUCAGUGAGGCAAUGUGCUGCUGAAUGUGUAAGGAAUGAGAAUUGUUAUUCGUUUGAUUUUUGUAGAGAAGAUGAUUUUAAGACAUGUCACAUUCACAAUCAAGACGAAAACAGCGACUUUAUAUAUGAGAAUGGACUAUGCAGACGUUUUAAGCUGAUUUGCAAGCCUGGUUUUACGAAGCCUUGUCGGUGUCCCUCUAAUUUGGGAAAACAACGCUGCGAAUACAGAUAUGAUUGUCAAGGGAAGUUGGUGGAGCAAAAUACAGCUACUUACCGCUUUUGGCGACUGUUUUCCUCUAAUGAUUGGCGUGAACUUCUGUGUGAAAUGACCAUAGAUAAUGGCGGAUGGAUCAUUUUUCAACGACGAGUGGAUGGCAGCACAGAUUUUUACAGGAACUGGACCGAAUAUGAGAAUGGAUUUGGUGACCUCACUGCUAGUUUCUAUAUGGGAAACAGUCCUCUCUAUGAAAUUGUAAAAACUGGAGACUACGAGCUUAGAAUUGAAUUAGAAGAUCAAGCUGGGCAGAGGAGAUUUGCUGCUUACACUGACUUCUUUCUGGGAGGGCCCAAUACUUCCUAUACACUUCAUGUGUCAGGAUAUCAUGGAAACGCAGAUGACGGUCUUAAAUAUCAUAAUGGCAUGAAGUUUUCUACUUUCGACAAUGAUAAUGAUAUCCAUGAAUCAGGGAAUUGUGCUGUCGACUUUCGAGCUGCUUGGUGGUACCUUAAUUGCUACCACAGCAACUUAAAUGGAGUCUAUGGGAGACACGAUGGUGGAAUGUAUUGGUUUCCUUGGCAAGGAUUUCAUCAGUCUUUAAAAUCAACUAUGAUGAUGGUUAGAAAGAAGAUUCUUUGA